AUGAAUUGCCCAUCUCGGACCGACGACACAUUGCUGCACGAUGGGUGGAAUCAGAACCCGCGCUUUCUUUCUCCUGACCUAACUACCCGCCAAGAUCUCAAUGGCAUCUCAAACACCCGCGAGAAUAAAGACGAUGAGUCUGGUCCAGGCAUUUUGCGGGGAAGUUCUAAUUGGAAAGGAAUUCCUCAGCUAGAGGAAAAAGUUGCAGGGAAUCACCUUAGCGCGGGGCGCGAGGCGUCCCUGACAAUGUCAGGACGCCUCGCUCCCCAAAAUACUAAUAUUGGAAUCGGCCACAAAGGGCUGGAUUCAAACAAUGAUGUUUUCCCAUCAUAUCAGACUAUCAGGAGUUGGGCCUUGUGGUUCCUCUCCGUGCUUAUUGUCUCGGCGAUCAUUUCUUUCGACAAUUUGAGGGGGUAUUUCCCAUCUAGAAAACAUCUCAUACUAGAAGAACCUAUUGUACAACAGUAUACCGAGCCAGUCAAACGAUCAAGUUGUGCUCAGGGAGGUACCCGCGGCCCAUACGACCUAUCUCUACAUGUUGCGGCCCUUUUCAUCAUCUUAGCCACCUCGAGCAUUGCGUGCGCAUUCCCGAUCCUUGCAACUCGAUUCCCACGGAUGCACAUCCCACCUGCGUUCCUCUUUUUCGUCACCCAUUUUGGAACUGGUGUCCUUAUUGCCACAGCAUUUGUGCAUCUCCUUCCAACGGCGUUUACUUCGCUGGGAGAUCCAUGUCUAUCUCAUUUCUGGACAAAUGAUUACCCAGCCAUGCCAGGCGCCAUUGCCUUGGGUGGUAUAUUCCUCGUUACAGUCAUCGAAAUGGUAUUCAGUCCAGCCCAGAGUAUCUGUCGUGGAGGAAACCAGGUCCCAGCCGAAAGACCAGCUUCCUGCCCUCCGGAUGCGAGGACACCUCCAAUUUCAGUACAUGAUCUCCCCGGGCAUCCUGACCACAUUAGAGCACCCAGCUCACACUCCACUGUGAUGGAUGGCCGGUCCCAUUUACGAGAUAUGGGUCCGCUGAUUGGGAGGUCCGCGAGCAUCAGCCGAGCUAUCAAUCGCAUGGGCGAAGAAGGCACUGAAGAUGCCGUUCGCGUUGCAUCUGCGCCCGAUUUUCAAACUCAUCACGAGAAGGACAACGGGACUAUCCAGACAGACGUGGAGCGUCAUGACGAUUCCUUCGGCUUAAGCGCUGAGCAAAAGCAAAAGAAAGAGACCAUGCAAGUCUACCUUCUUGAGAUGGGCAUUCUUUUCCACAGCGUGUUUAUCGGCAUGUCCCUCAGUGUAUCGGUUGGCAAUGAAUUUGUGAUUCUGCUGAUUGCCAUUGUAUUCCAUCAAACAUUUGAAGGCCUGGCACUUGGAUCCCGUAUUGCCUCACUUCCCUGGUCAGAAAAGCAAAUCCAGCCUUGGAUCAUGUCUCUUGCGUAUGGAUGCACAACCCCAAUCGGCCAAGCUAUUGGCCUCGCAACCCAUAAACUUUACAGUCCCGACUCAGAGGUUGGUCUACUCGUUGUUGGUGUCAUGAAUGCGAUGUCAGCUGGGCUUCUGAUCUUUGCCUCGCUCGUGGAGUUGAUGUCGGAAGACUUUCUCAGUGACGAGAGCUGGCGUAUUCUCCGUGGGAAAAGAAGGGUUUAUGCCUGCAUCCUGGUAUUUUUGGGUGCUUUCUGCAUGAGCAUCGUCGGCGCCUGGGCUUAA